CCAAUGAUUGAUUUACAAUCUCAUGAAGUUAAAGUUACAAGGCACUAUUCCGCAUAACAGGUCUUUCAACUCAGUGGCAAUUGUUUUAAAUAAGUGGAAAACUCAUCUAAAACUGUUCAGUCUGAAGUUAACAAUGUUCAUCACUAGACUUGCCACGUUUUUGCUUCUUAUCGUUGUUUCGCUUAGCCAAGCUAAGGAAAGCCAACCCUUUGACUUUUUCGAAGGAACCUAUCACGAUUUUAUAGAUUGUCUGAAAAUCAAUAAUAUAACCAUUGAGGAGUAUGAGAAGUUUGACGAUAUUGACAAUUUGGAUAAUGUCCUCAAGGAAAAUGUCGAGCUGAAGCACAAAUGCAACAUUAAGUGUCAACUGGAAAGGGAGCCAACCAAAUGGCUAAAUGCUCGGGGUGAAGUCGAUCUGAAAUCAAUGAAAGCAACCAGUGAGACAGCGGUAUCCAUAUCAAAGUGCAUGGAGAAGGCUCCCCAAGAAGCCUGUGCCUACGUCUACAAAUUGGUAAUAUGUGCAUUUAAAUCCGGACAUUCAGCCAUCAAGUUCGCAUCAUAUGAACACAUACCAGAGGAAACCGGUGGACUAAUAGCCGAACAGCAGGCGGAUCUGUUUGAUUACGAUACCAUCGAUUUAUAAAAUCAAAACAGUGUCGCCAUAGCCACAGUAAUAUAUAAUAAUUUUAAUUUGCGGGCUUAUUAGCAUAAUUAAUUAAAAUUGCACGAGGCGUGCCGCAGGGCGCUUGAAUCAAAUCAAACCGAUCCGAAUGGAAUCCAAUUAAUUGCUUUGACCUGGAAUCACGCAGCAGGUUAACACAUAACAAUAAUAAUUGAUUCGUUGCAAAUCAGAUAGAUUCCUACAAUCUGAUGCCGUGCGUAGAAUCUUUACAUAUUUCUCAGGACCUGCCUCCGAUUUGUGGGUGUGCGUGUGUGUGUGAUUUUUUGUCGUUCCCGGGCAGGAAAAAACAUUUUCCCCCACACAAUGCGAUUCCGUUACAGUUUUCCACGGGGCGUAUGAGUGUUUAUUUGUGUGCGACUUUUUGCCGCUUUCCUUUGUGCCGGCAGGCGAAUGCAACGGAAGUUGUCAUGUUGCAUUGUUGCAGCUGCUGUUGAUGCCGCUGCCAUUGUUAUUUCGUGGAGAUGGGGCUUCGGGGAUCGGGAUCAGGGAUAGGCAUCGGCUGAAAGAAAAGACGAGCGUGCAACGCCCACACACUUGACUGGUUCGCUCUGCCACCUCUCGGCUUUCGAUUGUCAGCUUAACUUAACGCCCGCCGCCGAGGGGCGUGGCACAUUAGUGGCAACAGCACGGCGAUACAGAAAAAAAGAAGAGAAAAUAAAGCGGAGAACAGAAAAACCAGCGAAUACAUGAUUGUCAACACGCACACUCCCAACAACCGGGGCAGCGACAACACGGCGUAUGAGUAAUAUGUCUGGCUGCCUCGCUGGCGGUGCUGCCUGCACCAUGUCAACAUGCAAAACAACAAUGGGGCGGAAGUGCAUUGUAAACGUACCGAGUGCUGCGCCCCAAAAACUGCCACCCCAUAUACCGCCAGGAACUCCCACCUCUCGAUGUGUGAGUGCAAUUAUAAUUUGGUAAAUCGACGGAAGUUCGGAUAAACAUACGCAAAACGUUUGCCUGCUCUGGCCGACAAGGAUGAAAAAAGACGAACAUGGUUCAGCCCGCAGGCCAAUGAGUUUUUGCGUCGAUGGUGGGAACACGUAAAAAUAUUUGGUAGAAAUUUUUAUUGAUAAAAACAUAAGAAAAUACUUUAAAUUAAGUGGAAAUGGAACUCAACAUCCCAGAGCUCGAGUAUAACAUAUAAAUAAUAGUAAUACAACAACUGGAAAGCUUCGAAUGGCAUCGAAA